AUGAGAAAAACAAGAGCCCAAGCAAAGGCUCAAUCCUUGCAAGAGCAAAAGCCCGUAGAACGAAUUAGCGUCAAAGAGAAAACUAAAAAGAAAACUAUCGCAGGAAAGUUCACCCUCAAAUGCGUCACAGAGGUUGCCUUUCGAUUCAAAGACGUCUACUACGAGAAUAUGUUCCAGCAGCUUCUAUUCAAGUUAGUCCUUGUUGAGGAAUCUCCUCAUGUGCGCAUCAAAACGAUUCUUCUUGGCAAAGAAAAAUGGACCAUUCUAGCGCCGGAGAAGAAAACUAAUCUUUUAGCUUUCGAGCAGAGUUUCCUUCGACGAUCGGUGAAGAGGGCGAUCUUUGACAUUGCAAAGAGCGAAGAAAGGAAGACGAAGUCGGAAAUGAAGAUCUGCCUGGAGAUGGCGAAACUUCCGUAUGGCACCGACCGAACAAGCGUUUUGAUAAGCUCGAAAGAAAACGCGAAAGAAUUCGAUUUCAUUGAGUGGAUGUCGAAAUUCCGUGAAAGCGACGAAAUGUUUGGAGAUAUUGAGACGCAUGGCUCCUCCCUCCAAUCCGAUUCGAAAAAGAGAUACAGUGGCUUCGUCGAGGAGGCUGCUAAUACUGUCAUGCGCAAAAAACUCAAGAAGGCCGCGUUUUUUUUCCAAGAUUCGGAACUGCAGUGCUUGUUCAACCACAGAAUCUUUCACUUUCUCAAAGCGGCAAGAAAAAGUCGUCAUUUCGGAGAAAGAACCUUGGAGAUUCGCUCGCAUUGGAAAUCGACUGGACCUCCAUAUAUGUUCAUCGUCUUCUUUCUCAAAACCGAAAAGGACCUGAAUCUACUCGAGGUUCUCGUCCAGACAACAAUAGAAGAGAUUCUCCGUGAGAAACGAGAGCGAUUCGUGGACGACGAUCCCGAAAGCUUCAACCGAUUCAGCAUACUUUUCAAAACUGAAAAAGAGACACUUCAAGUUCAUGGGCAAGAUGCUGUCAAUUUCAACUUCGGAAAAGAACUCGUAAAAUUGAACAUUUACUCGCCAAGUGGAACGUCGAUCAAGAAUAUCAUCGAUUUUAAAGCAAUAAUGAAUUAG